AUGGAGGAAUUGGCCGGCCCGGCUGAUCGCCCGUCGCUCGAAGAGAGCACGAGCCUCGCUGCGAGCGCUCUGCGCAUCGCUCUGUGGCUCAACGCGACCAAAUCCUGCAAAUCCUGCCGUCGCGAGCAAGAAUGCACGUGGCCGAUGAACUCGACCGACGGCGCGCCACGAGCUCACCCGUACCUCGCCCAGUCCCUCUACUACGGUUCGCCGGGCACUGCAAUCUUCUUGCAGCAGCUCGCCACUACGCGGGCUCUGCCGGAGGCUGACGCGUGGCGUGGUGUCGCAAGCUGCGCUCUCGCCGCGGCUCGCUCCAGCGUGCCGAGCAGCCUGCGCGACUUUGGGGCAAACGCGGGCUUCUACUACGGCCUGACAGGCAUAGCGUACGGCCUUCGCGCGGCGGGCGACAGCAGCGAGUUGUUUGCGACCGCGGCGUCGACCAUCGAGGAGCACGUGCUGUCCCGCGUGGCGCCCUUCUCGUCCAGAGGCGGCGCCACGCUGUGGAACAACACCGACGUCGCGCACGGCGCGUCGGGCACGGGGUUGUACUUCCUGUGGAUGGCGACUCGGCGGCCCGAGCUUCGAGAGGAGACGCGGCGUGCGGCAGGGGAUGCGGCGGCUCGCGGGCCAGACACUGACGGGACACACGCCCACGACUACUACCCGACCUUUUGCUGCGGCGGCGCCGGCGUCGCCUACUUCCUGUCGGAGCUCGCGCAGGCGCCCGCGAACCUCUCCGCCCUGCUCACGCCGUCGCGGCGUGCAGCCUUCCUCGACGGCGCCCUCCGCGGCGGCGCGCACGUGAUGUCGCUCUCCACGACGGCGGGCGUGCCUCACCAGGCGGGCGGGCUGCUCCUUCCUCACGAAGAAGAGGGCCCUGGCCGGACACAGUUCUUCCUCGGCUGGUGCGGCGGGCCACCCGGCUGGGCGCGCCUCUUCGUGUCGCUGCACCGCGCGACGCACGACGCCGUGUGGCUCGACCGUCUGGCGCUCGCUGCGCGGGCGGUUGCGGCGCUCGUCCAGCCCCCCACUUUGCCGGUGCUCUACCCCCUUCCCCCGGCGGGGACCCCGCCAUGGUCCAACCUCGGGCAGUGCUGCGGCGCGAGCGCGGCGGCGCAGUUCCUCCUCUCGCUCGCCGACGGUCAGGCCGCGCCUCUCGACCCCGCAGUCCGGCGAGAGGCGAGGGCCGCAGGACUACGCCUCGCCCGCGCCAUCGCGGCGCGCGGCGUGCCGGCGGCGCCCGACGGGCCAGCGGAGCCGAUCGCGCGAGCAGCCUCUCGGACUAUUGCCGGAGACUUCUCGGGACCUCUUUGUAGGCGAGGGCUGGCGGUGCCGUCGCCCGAGGAGCACGCCGCGCCGCUCGACACGCGCUGGCAGGCGGGCUGGAUGCAGGGCGCGGCGGGCGUCGGCAGCUUGCUGCUCCACGCGCACGCGCUGGCCACGGGGCAGACAGAGGGAAGGCGCGUGCCGUGGCCGGAUGAGCCAUACAGCGGUGUCGGGACUGCUCUUCCGGCCUGA